CCUCCUCGCUCUCGCUCUGUUUUAUUUUAUUUAUCUUUUUGCCUAGCGACUGACAACAGGCUAGGCAACAGGUUUGCUACACUUAGGGAUUCCUGAAGUGGCCGGGCCUGAGAAUGAGACCCCAGUCCUAGGCUGGGGUUCUUUCCAAAUAGAGGAAACGGAUCCAGAGGGGCUACAGACCAAAAUUGUUGAGAACCAGACUUACGAUGAGCGUCUAGAGAUUAACGACUCGGAAGAGGUUGCCAGUAUUAGCACUCCAACCCCAGGACAUCAAGGCCCUCCUCUUUCUGCCAGCCUUCCUAACAAGACUAUGGCUGAUAACAGCAGUGAUGAGUAUGAAGAGGAAAACAACAAGGAGAAGAAGAAGCCCUCACAGUUGACACCUCAGCGGGGCUUCAGUGAAAACGAUGAUGAUGACGAUGAUGACUCAUCUGAGACUGAUUCUGAUGACGAUGAUGAUGAUGAAGAGCAUGGAGCGCCUCUGGAAGGGGCCUAUGACCCUGCAGACUAUGAGCAUCUGCCAGUCUCAGCUGAGAUCAAGGAGCUCUUUGAGUACAUCAGCAGGUACACACCUCAGCUGAUCGAUCUGGACCACAAACUGAAACCUUUCAUUCCUGAUUUUAUCCCAGCUGUUGGGGAUAUUGAUGCAUUUUUAAAGGUGCCUCGUCCUGAUGGAAAGCCUGACCACCUUGGCCUCUUGGUGUUAGAUGAACCAUCUACAAAGCAGUCAGACCCUACUGUGCUUUCGCUGUGGUUAACAGAGAAUUCCAAGCAGCACAACAUCACACAACAUAUGAAAGUAAAGAGCCUGGAAGAUGCAGAAAAGAAUCCCAAAGCCAUUGACACCUGGAUUGAGAGCAUCUCUGAGUUACACCGCUCUAAGCCCCCUGCGACUGUACACUACACCAGGCCCAUGCCUGACAUUGACACACUGAUGCAGGAGUGGUCCCCAGAGUUUGAAGAGCUCUUGGGAAAGGUGAGUCUGCCCACGGUUGAGAUCGAUUGCAGCCUUGCCGACUACAUUGACAUGAUCUGUGCUAUCCUGGACAUUCCUUUCUACAAGAGCCGGAUUCAGUCCCUCCACCUGCUCUUUUCCCUCUACUCUGAGUUCAAGAACUCCCAGCAUUUUAAAGCUCUAGCUGAAGGCAAGAAAGCAUUCACUCCUCCGUCCAACUCUGCCUCCCAGGCUGGGGAUGCAGAAACACUAACCUUCAUCUGAGCCAUCCUAGGGCUGUGCUUCAGAGUCUCAUGAAGACAUGGUCUUUGUUGGCAGUUUAACAUCGGCCUCUCCACAGCUGGACCAGGCAGCUCGAGUACUGCUGUCUGUCUGCACGAGCAGGGCACACCCUUGCCACUGGGUUCCUCCCACCUGCCUCCCGUUGCCUUCCCCAAGGAUGGACGUAUCCAUGCUACUGUGGGCAUUUAAGUCGGAAGAACUGGUUUUCUGAGAGCCACAGGACAGGGCUGGGGGUGGAGCUUCCAAAAACACUCCUUAGUUAACUGGAAGAGAUUUUACACUCAAAAUGUCCCAUCAGUUGUGAUAGAAUAUAUAUUUGGUUUUCA